UGUUGUCCAGUCCGAUGCCCUUUUCGUUGCACGUGUCUGCACUUGCCCCAAGCAGGAACGCUGGAGAUAAAUCAGAGAAGCGGAUUGAGGAAGUUUCGCACCAGUUCAUCGCUGAAAUAUCCCAAAACGAGUCCGCUAUCUCCGGCCUAAACAUGCACAUGUCUGGUGCUUUGGUUUUGUUGUGGGUGGUUUUAUGCGCGGCUGUUGUGGGGGAAGGAGAGGACCAAACCGGCGGUGUAACGACGAAGAAGACCGGUAACGAGUCUCUGGGCCACGGCGACAACGCCACGGAGUCCACGGGCAGUGGCGGGUAUUUCCCAAAUGUGGACAACUCUAUGAUCAGAAGAGCCUUUUGCGUGUUGAUUGGUAUCACUGCCACCGGGGUAUUGUAUUUCAUAAUCAGAGCCGUGAGGUUGAAGAAGGCUCCUAAGAAGAAGUAUGGGCUGCUGUCCAGCUACGAUGACACUGUGGAGAUUAAACACCUGGAGGAGAGUGAUGAGGACGGUGACACGGUAUACGAGGCCAGGAGUCUGAGGAGAUGAGUCACCCUGAGCUCUGAGAGAAGACUAGAAGCAUUAUUCCCAGUGAUUUAUAUUUUUGUACUGCUCAAUUUGUAUAUCACAAAGACUGGAAAUGUACAAUCUUUUAAAAUUGUAUUUAUCUCCUAAAAUUUGUAUUUAAUGGUAAAAUGGGGGAACAAUUAAUUUGAAAGUGACCAAAAACAAAAUUCUUAUGACAUUCAGGUUGAAUGACAUAAAAGUUAUUUUUACUAGUCCAUUAAUAACUGCUGGAAUGCAUUCAGCACCAUCAGCCAUCUUUAAGAAGUUGGUGCGAAAAGACUUUGCAAAUCGGUCACAUUUCUGUUAACAGAUAAAACUCCAUUGCACGUCCUGUAGACAAAUUCCAUUCCACAUGCAUGGGUAUUUGAAAAGAUUUAUAUUUCAAAGCGUAAAAGAAUAUGCUUUUACAGCCUUCUUAAAGCCUAUGUGUAUACAAACAUUAAAUAUAUACAAACA